AUGGCGUCAUCGAGUGGUGCAUCCGUAUCAACAGAUGCCAAGAAACCUUCUGAAGACACAUCACAGUCAGAACAAAAUAAGAAGAAAGACGACGAAGGUGGACGAUUCGAAUGUAAUAUUUGUUUGGAUACAGCCCGUGAUGCAGUUGUGUCGAUGUGUGGUCAUUUAUUCUGUUGGCCAUGUCUUCACCAAUGGCUCGAUACUCGUCCCAACAGACAGCUGUGUCCUGUUUGCAAGUCCGCGAUUAGUAAAGAUAAGGUGAUUCCAUUGUAUGGAAGAGGCGGUAACGAAACCGAUCCGCGUGAAAAGGUGCCACCCCGACCGCAGGGACAGCGAAGCGAAGCUCCGCAGAGCGGAUUCCAAGGCUUCCCCGGUUUUCAAUGGGGUGGCGAUAACGGUGGAGGUGGUGUUCAGUUCUCAAUGGGUAUAGGUGUUUUUCCAAUUUCAUUCUUUGCGUCAUUCUUCAACAAUGGAUUUGGUGAACGCCGUCCAGAUGCACCUGCACCAGGUAGUCGCCAAGCAGAAGAAGAGCAAUUUCUCUCGAAUAUAUUUGUGUAUAUUGGCAUAUUCUUUAUUAUCUGGCUUUUAAUUCUUUGA